AUGGUAACAGCGUGGACAUGGGCACUGCUUGUCCUCAUACCCUCACUAUGUCAGGGCACCUUCAACCCCACAGAGAAGAACUUCAUGACCAUUGGUGGACCCCUAUGGGGUCAUGAAGAUGGCUCACGUAAGGUACAUGGGUGCAGCGAUGAGGUUCUUAAUCACAUGAGAGAUCAGAUCCAGACCCUGCAGAAGUAUGGUGUCACCCAUUACAAGGUACGGCUAGACUUAAAGGAGAACCCCCUGGAAGGGGAUGAGGGACAACUACAGUGUUACAGGACCCUUCUCCAGGACCUGAACAGAGCCAGCAUUAAACCAAUUGUGAUCUUACAUGGCAACAACCUCAAUAGGCUUCCUGCAGUUGGCACCCAGACUGUCACCAGCGCUGUUCAUGCCUAUGCAGAAUAUGCUGAACUUGCAUUCCGUUCAUUCAGAAAUUUGGUCCACACCUGGAUAACGUUUGAUGUUCCUGCAGAUGUUAUUGACUCACAGUCCCUGCAGGUUCUGCUGGAUGCCCAUGAGAGAGUGUAUGCGUUAUAUCACCAAAAGUACCCUGCUGUAGGUGGACAGAUCUCCAUUGCCUUGGCCCCGUCCCUCCUGGACACCUGUCUGUCACUUCGAGGGAAUUUCCUGAAAUCGGUCGACUUCCUUGCACUGAACAUACAUCGUGACUGUGCGAAAUCCAAGGAGCAACACAGCUGGAUGACGGAGAAGGCUGGAGAGGAAGCAAACCACAACAUAAGGAACAUGGAAAUUCUCAUCUUCAGUUUAUCAGUGACUGAAUGUGAUGUUGUAUCAGAGGAUGACAAAUAUGUUCUCACUUUUAAGGAAGCAUUUCUCAGUGGCUUUACUAGGCACUUGUCCUGCUAUACUCUUAGAUCUGAGAAUUUGGUGAACAAGUCUGUAUCAUCCCGCUCAGCCUUUACCACUGUAUGGGAAAGAUUUGCCGGCCAGACACCAGCAGAGAGAGACAUCUUCUUGCAUGAGACCUUCCCCAAUGGUUUCCUGAUGGGCUCCUCCUCUGCAGCCUUCAAAGUAGAAGGAGGCUGGUCCGAGGGAGAUAAAGGACCAUCUAUAUGGGAUGUUUUUGGACAACAUGGUCAAGCUGAUGACAAUGCAACCGCCAGUGUAGCCUGCGACAGCUACUACAAGAUUGACUAUGACGUGUAUCUUCUGAAGGGCCUACAGUCCAAGGUCUAUCACUUCUCCAUCUCCUGGUCCAGAAUAUUCCCAACAGGACUGAAAUCCAAAGUCAACUCAGCAGGCUUGAAAUAUUACAACAGAUUAAUUGACCGGUUAAUCAAAGAAAAUAUCAAACCAAUGGUAACUUUGUAUCACUGGGAUCUACCCCAAGAUCUGCAGGAGUCCGGGGGCUGGCAGAAUGAAUCCACCAGCCAGGCUUUCAUGGAAUAUGCAGAUUUCUGCUUCAGCAGUUUUGGAGAUAGAGUUAAACAUUGGAUAACGUUCCAUGAACCUUGGGUCGUUAGUUACGCGGGUUACGGCACCGGACAACAUGCCCCCGGGAUCAAAGAUCCAGGAAAUGCCUCCUUCAAGGUGUCACACAACAUUGUGAAAGCUCACGCUAAGGCCUGGCAUGUUUACAAUGACAAGUAUCGGGCCUCGCAGCAAGGUCAGGUAGGAAUCUCUCUGAAUUCAGACUGGGCAGAACCAAAAGACCCAAAUAAUACAGAUGAUGUGAGCGCUGCAGAGCGAUAUCUCCAGUUCAUGCUUGGGUGGUUCGCUCAUCCAAUUCUUGUCAAUGGGGACUACCCAGAGGUCCUGAAGACGCAAGUCCAACACAUUAAUACCCAGUGCUCUACUACAGUGGCUGAGUUGCCCACAUUUUCUGAGGAAGAGAAAGCCUACAUCAAUGGCACUGCGGACUUCCUUGGCAUCUCCCAUUAUACGUCCAGAAUAGUCAAUGCCUCUGAAAGCCCUAGCUGUGUGGCCGAUUAUAAUAACAUUGGAGGAUUUGCACCCCAUGUGGAUCCUUCAUGGCCAACCACCUCAUCUCCAUGGCUCUAUGUGGUGCCAUGGGGUCUCAGGAGGCUUUUGAACUAUGUCAAGGAAGAAUAUGUAAAAGGAGGACUACCCAUAUAUAUAACUGGGAAUGGUAUGCCAACACCCUACACUGGAGAGGUGUUCAAUGACACAGCUCGAGUGGAGUACUUGACGGCAUAUAUCAAUGAAGCCCUGAAAGCUGUUAAGACUGAUAAUGUGACUGUAAGUGCCUUUGUAGUCCGCUCACUCCUGGAUGGCUUUGAAGGACCUCAAGGAUACAGUCAAAGAUUUGGUUUACAUCAUGUAGAUUUUGAAAAUGCUAAUCGACAAAGAACCCCCAAAAAAUCUGCCUAUCUCAUUUCCAGUAUUUCUGAAAAUAAUGGCUUCCCAGGGACAAAGUUGGCCAAAAAAGUUAAUCAGGCAAAAUGGGUACAUGCAAAGAAGUUACCAGCUCUACCUGCAUCAGAAGUUCCCUCAAAGGCUAAAGUUGUGUGGGAUAAGUUCUCAGGACAAUCAGCCUUUGAAAGGGAUAUGUACCAUUAUUCUACAGUACCAAGUGAUUUUAAAUGGGGGGUCUCAACCUCCGCAUAUCAAAUUGAAGGGGGAUGGAAUGAAGAUGGAAGAGGACCAAGUAUAUGGGACACAUUUUCACAACUCCCAGGCAAUAUUUACGAAAAUGGCAAUGGCAACAUAGCCUGUGAUAGUUACCACCAGUUGGAUGCAGACUUGUACAUGCUGAGAAGUUUAGGAGUGAAUAGUUACCGUUUCUCCAUCUCAUGGUCUCGAAUCUUCCCAAGUGGACAGGGCACAGCCAAUAGUAAGGGUGUGGAGUAUUAUAACAAGCUUAUUGAUGGCCUAUUGGCAAACAACAUCACACCAAUGGUGACCCUUUACCAUUUCGAUCUUCCUCAGGCUCUCCAAGACAUAGGUGGUUGGGAGAGUGAUGUAGUCCUUGAGGCUUUUCACAGCUAUGCAGAUUAUUGUUUUAGAACAUUUGGAGAUAGGGUCAAGGUUUGGAUGACUUUUAACCAACCCCACACAAUUGUUGCCACUGGUUAUGGUAUUGGUCUUUUUCCACCUGGUUUGAAAGAUGAUCCUGGACAUGCACCUUACAGAGUAGCUCACAAUCUAAUCAAAGUCCAUGCUAGAGUCUACCAUACUUAUGAUGAGAAAUAUAGAAAUAGUCAAGGAGGUGUUAUUUCUGUGAGUCUCAACACUAAUUGGGUGGAACCCAAAGACCACACAGAACCGAGGGACAUAGAAGCUGCCGAUCGCUAUUUGCAGUUCACCUUGGGAUGGUUUGCACACCCCAUCUUCAAAAAUGGCGACUACCCAGAGGUGAUGAAAUGGCAGGUGGCCAAUAAGAGUGAGCUACAGGGCCUCCAGUCUUCCAGACUUCCAACUUUUACAGAUGAAGAGAAGGCCUACAUCCAAGGAACAGCCGAUGUUUUCACCAUAAACAUCUACACCACAAACAUAGUUCAGCAUAACACAAAAAUACUAUUUCCUCCAUCUUUUGAAAGUGAUAUUGACAUCGCAGAGGAGAUUGAUAAUAACUGGCCAGGGACAGCUCUUGUUAAUUUCAGGGCAGUACCCUGGGGCCUAAGGAGGCUGCUUAACUGGGUGAAAGAAGAGUAUGGAGAUGUCCCUAUAUACAUCACUGAGAAUGGAGUUGCAAUGGAAAGGGACCCCGAUUUUGAUGACACUGCUCGAAUUUUCUAUCAUAAGACAUAUAUUGAUGAAGUUAUAAAAGCUUACAGCUUGGACAAAGUGAAUCUGAAAGGUUACUCUAUCUACUCACUUAUGGACUCCUUUGAGUGGACUACUGGAUAUAUAAAGCGGUUUGGUCUUCACCAUGUGGAUUUCAAUAAUCCUACCCGUCCAAGGACUGCAAAACGCACGGCUAUUUACUACGCUGAAGUUAUCAGGAACAAUGGCAUCCCCAUGCACAAAGAAGAGGAAUUUCUGUAUGGAGAAUUCCGGGAUGACUUUGCUUGGGGUGUAGCUUCCUCAGCUUUUCAGAUUGAAGGGGCCUGGAGGGCCGAUGGUAAAGGGUUAAGCAUCUGGGAUCAGUUUUCUCAUACACCAAAUAAAAUUGAAGAUGAUAGUAAUGGAGACGUGGCAUGCAACACCUACUACCGGAUUGACGAGGACAUAGAGCUUCUCAAGGGUCUUAAUGUCUCCCAUUACCGAUUCUCCAUCUCCUGGCCUAGAGUUCUUCCCGAUGGGACUAGGAACCACAUCAAUGAAGCCGGUCUGAGUUACUACUCUCGGCUGAUAGACGGUUUGCUGGCUGCUGGUAUUACACCACAGGUCACGAUUUAUCAUUGGGAUCUUCCUCAAGCUUUGCAAAACGACGGGGGUUGGGAGAAUGAGACAAUCGUAGACCGGUUCAAGGACUACGCUGAAGUUCUUUUCCAGAGACUGGGUGACAGAGUGAAGUUCUGGAUCACUCUGAAUGAGCCGUACAUCAUUGCCCACCUGGGCUAUGGAGAAGGAGCCUUUGCACCAGGAAUCUAUUCACCAGGGAUUGGCGUAUACCUGGCAGGACAUAACCUGAUAAAAGCCCAUGCAGAAGCAUGGCACCUGUACAAUGAUAAGUACAGAGCCUCUCAGGGGGGUCUCAUCUCCAUCACCCUCAACUGUGAUUGGACUGAACCAAUUAAUCCUUACAAACAAGUGGACACAGAAGCAGCAUGGCGGUACCUGAUGUUUUUCGGUGGGUGGUUUGGACAUCCUGUCUUUAAAACUGGAGACUACCCAGAAGUUAUGAAGACCAAUGUACGUGAGAGAAGUCUUGCUGUGGGGCUGCCCCAAAGCCGGCUCCCAGAGUUUACCGACAGUGAGAAGCAAAGAAUAAAAGGCACGUACGACUUCUUUGGCCUGAACCACUACACUAGCGUUCUGGUUGGAAAUGCUGUCUAUGACCUAGACUAUCAGGCUUAUCAAGGGGACAGGGGGGUUUAUUUACUGAGCGACCACACCUGGCUCGGAUCUGGGAGUGUAUGGUUGAGAGUGACGCCUUUUGGACUCAGAAGGUUAUUAAACUGGAUAAAGGAAGAAUUUAACAACCCUCCUAUAUAUAUCACAGAAAACGGAAUAUCUGAGCGUGGGACAAAUCUAAAUGAUGAAUGGAGAAUCCAUUAUUAUAAGCAUUAUUUGAAUGAGGCUCUGAAAGCUGUAAAGUACGAUGGUGUUGAUCUCCGUGGAUACUCCGCCUGGAGUCUGAUGGAUAACUUUGAGUGGGCGACAGGUUACACUGAGCGGUUCGGUUUAUAUUAUACCAACUAUUCAGACCCAAAUCUGACCCGUCUCCCUAAAGCUUCUGUGAAAUACUACAGAUCCGUGGUUCAGUGCAAUGGCUUUCCGGAUCCACAUAAUGGGUCUCAUCCAUGCCUAGAACCAGAAACUGAAGGUGGGUAUACACCAUCACAUUUAAGUUAUAGGAGACAUUUACCCAGAAUCCCCUGUUUUCCGGCAGGUACAACUUCCAGACCCACAGCCACAGCCAGCGGCAGCAGCCCCACUACAGGACCCUCGGGAGAGCAGGAACCACCAUUCGUGGACUUUCUGGGACUGAAAGUCUCCACCUCGGAUGCAAUGACAGCUUUAUAUGUGGAAUUUGCGCUCUUACUUGCUGCAGUUUUGGGUGUCAUUUUGUUUUCAGUUUUGUACGGUAAACUUCGUAAAAAACGCAAGUUAGCAGAGUGGUGGCUGUAUGAAAAUCCAAGCCUCCUAGCAGUUGCGCGGUAUGCCUCCGUUAAAGGUACAUUUAGGAAUACAGUGGCCAGCAUGGCGCCUGCAUGGCAAGCAGUCCUCUUGGUUCUCCUCUCUUCCAUGUGUCAUGGGCUCAAUGAUCCAGUCCAUGGAGACUUCAUGGCCAUUGCUGGACCUCUGCAGAGCAAAAACAAUGGUCAUUUUAAUGAAGUGGAGCCAGGGGGAGUAUUUAGGUGUAACAACGACAUUUUAAAUGACUUGAAAGACCAAAUUCCGACCCUGCAGAAGCAUGGCAUCACCCACUACAAGAUCCAGCUGGCUGUGAACUCUGUGACCUUCAAGGGCAAGGAUGAGGGACAACUGCAGUGUUACAGGUCCCUUCUCCAGGAACUGCAGGGAACCAGCAUUAAACCAAUUGUGAUCUUAUAUGACAGUGACCUCAACAGACUUUUUGAAGUUGGCACCCAGACUGGCACCAGCCCUGUUGAUGUCUAUGAAGAAUAUGCGAAAUUUGCAUUUCAUUCCUUUGGGGAUUUGGUCCAAACCUGGAUAACAUUUGAUGUUCCUGCAGAUGUAACAGAUUCACAAACCCUGCAGGUUCUGCUGGACGCCCAUGAGAGAGUGUAUGCGCUAUAUCACCAGAAGUACCCUGCUGGAGAUGGACGGAUAUCCAUUGCUCUGGGAACAGCAGCGCUGAGCACGUCUCCUCGAGUCCUGGAAACAGCUGAUUUUCUUGCGUUGAACAUACAAUAUGACUGCCAUGAUGGGGAUCAGCUGCAAAAGUGGAUUGCAAAUCAGGACAUCAGGAAGGGUCUGGACAUGUUGGUUUUCAGCUUAGCCUUGGAGGACUGUGGUUCCAUAGAUGAGAAAUAUCUCCCUGCCUUUAAAAUGCUCAAAGCACUUGAUGGCUCGGGUCCAGUUUUGAAAGGUUAUGAUGUCAGCCCAUUUAUACUCCAGCCCCAUGAAAAUCAAAAAAGGUGGGAGAAUCCAGCAAGAACAUCUCGCUCGGCCUUUACCACUGUAUGGCAAACAUUUGCCAGCCAGACACCAGCAGAGCGAGACAUCUUCUUGCAUGAGACCUUUCCCAAUGGUUUCCUGAUGGGCUCCUCCUCUUCAGCCUUCAAAGUUGAAGGAGGCUGGGCCGGGGGAGAUAAAGGACCAUCUAUAUGGGAUGUUUUUGGACAACAUGGUCAAGCUGAUGACAAUGCAACCGCCAAUGUGGCCUGCGACAGCUACCACAAGAUUGACUAUGAUGUGUAUCUUCUGAAGGGCCUACAGUCCAAGGUCUAUCACUUCUCCAUCUCCUGGUCCAGAAUAUUCCCAACAGGACUGAAAUCCAAAGUCAACUUAGCAGGCGUGAAAUAUUACAACAUAUUAAUUGACCGGUUAAUCAAAGAAAAUAUCAAACCAAUGGUAACUUUGUAUCACUGGGAUCUACCCCAAGCUCUGCAGGAGUCCGGGGGCUGGCAGAAUGAAUCCACCAGCCAGGCUUUUAUGGAAUACGCAGAUUUCUGCUUUAGCACUUUUGGAGAUAGAGUUAAACAUUGGAUAACGUUCCAUGAACCUUGGGUCGUUAGUUACGCGGGUUACGGCACCGGACAACAUGCCCCCGGGAUCAAAGAUCCAGGAAAUGCCUCCUUCAAGGUUGCACACAACAUUGUGAAAGCUCACGCUAAGACCUGGCAUGUUUACAAUGACAAGUAUCGGGCCUCGCAGCAAGGUCAGGUAGGAAUCUCUCUGAAUUCAGACUGGGCAGAACCAAAAGACCCAAAUAAUCUAGAUGACGUAAGAGCUGCAGAGCGAUAUCUCCAGUUCAUGCUUGGGUGGUUCGCACAUCCAAUUCUUGUCAAUGGGGAUUACCCAGAGGUCCUGAAGACGCAAGUCCAACACAUUAAUACCCAGUGCUCUACUACAUUGGCCAUGUUGCCCACAUUUUCUGAGGAAGAGAAAGCCUACAUCAAUGGCACUGCAGACUUCCUUGGCAUCUCCCACUAUACGUCCCGAAUGGUCAAUGCCUCUGAAAGCCCUAGCUGUGUGGCCGAUUAUAAUAACAUUGGAGGAUUUGCACCCCAUGUGGAUCCUUCAUGGCCGAUCACCUCAUCUCCAUGGCUCUAUGUGGUGCCAUGGGGUCUUAGGAGGCUUCUGAACUAUGUCAAUGAAGAAUAUGUAAAAGAAGGACUACCCAUAUAUAUAACUGGGAAUGGUAUGCCAACACCCUACACUGGAGAGGUGUUCAAUGACACAGCUCGAGUGGAGUACUUGACAGCAUACAUCAAUGAAGCCCUGAAAGCUGUUAAGACUGAUAAUGUGACUGUAAGUGCCUUUGUAGUCCGCUCACUCCUGGACGGCUUUGAAGGACCUCAAGGAUACAGUGAAAGAUUUGGUUUACAUCAUGUAGAUUUUGAAAAUGCAAAUCGACAAAGAACCCCCAAAAAAUCAGCCUAUCUCAUUUCCAGUAUUUCUGAAAAUAAUGGCUUCCCAGGGACAAAGUUGGCCCAAAAAUUUAAUCAGGCAAAAUGGGUACAUGCAAAGAAGUUACCAGCUCUACCUGCAUCAGAAGUUCCCUCAAAGGCUAAAGUUGUGUGGGAUAAGUUCUCAGGACAAUCAGCCUUUGAAAGGGAUAUGUACCAUUAUUCUACAGUACCAAGUGAUUUCAAAUGGGGGGUCUCAACCUCCGCAUAUCAAAUUGAAGGGGGAUGGAAUGAAGAUGGAAGAGGACCAAGUAUAUGGGACACAUUUUCACAAAUCCCAGGCAAUAUUGUCGAAAAUGGCAAUGGCAACAUAGCCUGUGAUAGUUACCACCAGUUGGAUGCAGAUUUGUACAUGCUAAAAUGUUUAGGAGUGAAUAGUUACCGCUUCUCCAUCUCAUGGUCUCGAAUCUUCCCAAGUGGACAGGGCACAGCCAAUAGUAAGGGUGUGGAGUAUUACAACAAGCUUAUUGAUGGCCUAUUGGCAAACAACAUCACACCAAUGGUGACCCUUUACCACUUCGAUCUUCCUCAGGCUCUCCAAGACAUAGGUGGUUGGGAGAGUAAUGUAGUCCUUGAGGCUUUUCACAGCUAUGCAGAUUAUUGUUUUAGAACAUUUGGAGAUAGGGUCAAGGUUUGGAUGACUUUUAACCAACCCCACACAAUUGUUGCCACUGGUUAUGGUAUUGGUCUCUUUCCACCUGGUUUGAAAGAUGAUCCUGGUCAUGCACCUUACAGAGUAGCUCACAAUCUAAUCAAAGUCCAUGCUAGAGUCUACCAUACUUAUGAUGAGAAAUAUAGAAAUAGUCAAGGAGGUGUCAUUUCUGUGAGUCUCAACACUAAUUGGGUGGAACCCAAAGACCACACAGAACCGAGGGACAUAGAAGCUGCUGAUCGCUAUUUGCAGUUCACCUUGGGAUGGUUUGCACACCCCAUCUUCAAAAAUGGCGACUACCCAGAGGUGAUGAAAUGGCAGGUGGCCAAUAAGAGUGAGCUACAGGGCCUCCAGUCUUCCAGACUUCCAACUUUUACAGAUGAAGAGAAGGCCUACAUCCAAGGAACAGCCGAUGUUUUCACCAUAAACAUCUACACCACAAACAUAGUUCAGCAUAAGACCAAAAUACUAUUUCCUCCAUCUUUUGAAAGUGAUAUUGACAUUGCAGAGGAGAUUGAUAAUAACUGGCCAGGCACAGCUCUUGUUAAUUUCAGGGCAGUAGCCUGGGGCCUAAGGAGGCUGCUUAACUGGGUGAAAGAAGAGUAUGGAGAUGUCCCUAUAUACAUCACUGAGAAUGGAGUUGCAAUGGAAAGGAACCCCGAUUUUGAUGACACUGCUCGAAUUUUCUAUCAUAAGACAUAUAUUGAUGAAGUUAUAAAAGCUUACAGCUUGGACAAAGUGAAUCUGAAAGGUUACUCUAUCUACUCACUUAUGGACUCCUUUGAGUGGACUACUGGAUAUAUAAAGCGGUUUGGUCUUCACCAUGUGGAUUUCAAUAAUCCUACCCGUCCAAGGACUGCAAAACGCACGGCUAUUUACUACGCUGAAGUUAUCAGGAACAAUGGCAUCCCCAUGCACAAAGAAGAGGAAUUUCUGUAUGGAGAAUUCCGGGAUGACUUUGCUUGGGGUGUAGCUGCCUCAGCUUUUCAGAUUGAAGGGGCCUGGAGGGCAGAUGGGAAAGGGUUAAGCAUCUGGGAUCUGUUUUCUCAUACACCAACUAAAAUUGAAGAUGAUAGUAAUGGAGACGUGGCAUGCAACACCUACUACCGGAUUGACGAGGACAUCGAGCUUAUCAAGGGUCUUAAUGUCUCCCAUUACCGAUUCUCCAUCUCCUGGCCUAGAGUUCUUCCCGAUGGGACUAGGAACCACAUCAAUGAAGCCGGUCUGAGUUACUACUCUCGGCUGAUAGACGGUUUGCUGGCUGCUGGUAUUACACCACAGGUCACGAUUUAUCAUUGGGAUCUUCCUCAAGCUUUGCAAAACGACGGGGGUUGGGAGAAUGAGACAAUCGUAGACUGGUUUAAGGACUACGCUGAAGUUCUUUUCCAGAGACUGGGUGACAGAGUGAAGUUCUGGAUCACUCUGAAUGAGCCGUACAUCAUUGCCCACCUGGGCUAUGGAGAAGCAAUCUUUGCACCAGGAAUCUAUUCACCAGGGAUUAGUGUAUACCUGGCAGGACAUAACCUGAUUAAAGCCCAUGCAGAAGUAUGGCACCUGUACAAUGAUAAGUACAGAGCCUCUCAGGGGGGUCUCAUCUCCAUCACACUCAACUAUGAUUGGGCUGAACCAAUUAACCCUUACAAACAAGAGGACACAGAAGCAGCAUGGCGGUUCCUGAUGUUUUACGGUGGAUGGUUUCAAUAUCCUAUCUUUAAAACUGGAGACUACCCAGAAAUUAUGAAGACCAGGAUACGUGAGAGAAGCCUUGCUGCAGGGCUGCCUCAAAGCCGGCUCCCAGAGUUUACCGACAGUGAGAAGCAAAGAAUAAAAGGCACGUACGACUUUUUAGGCCUGAACCACUACACUAGCGUUCUGGUUGGAAAUGCUGUCUAUGACCUAGACUAUCAGGCUUAUCAAGGGGACAGAGAUUUGAUGGAUUUCCUCGACCACACCUGGCUCGGAUCUGGGAGUGGAUGGUUGAAAGUGGUGCCUUUUGGACUCAGAAGGUUAUUAAACUGGAUAAAGGAAGAAUUUAACAACCCUCCUAUAUAUAUCACAGAAAACGGAAUAUCUGAGCGUGGGACAAAUCUAAAUGAUGAAUGGAGAACCUAUUUUUAUAAGCAUUAUGUGAAUGAGGCUCUGAAAGCUGUAAAGUACGAUGGUGUGGAUCUCCGUGGAUACUCCGCCUGGAGUCUGAUGGAUAACUUUGAGUGGGCGUCAGGUUACACUGAGCGGUUCGGUUUAUAUUAUACCAACUAUUCAGACCCAAAUCUGACCCGUCUCCCUAAAGCUUCUGUGAAAUACUACAGAUCCGUGGUUCAGUGCAAUGGCUUUCCGGAUCCACAUAACGGGUCUCAUCCAUGCCUAGAACCAGAAACUGAAGGUGAUCAUUGAGAUACACCAUCUUAUUUAAGUUAUAGGAGACAUUUACCCAGAAUCCCCUGUUUUCCGGCAGGUACAACUUCCAGACCCACAGCCACAGCCAGCGGCAGCAGCCCCACUACAGGACCCUCGGGAGAGCAGGAACCACCAUUUGUGCACUUUCUGGGACUGAAAGUCUCCACCUCGGAUGCGAUGACCGCUUUAUAUGUGGAAUUUGCGCUCUUACUUGCUGCAGUUUUGGGUGUCAUUUUGUUUUCAGUUUUGUACGGUAAACUUCGUAAAAAACGCAAGUUAGCAGAGGUAUUUUAG